AUAUAAGAUUUAGUCCGAGGAGGUUGCAGGGCAGUCCACAGUGCCAAGAACACUGAAGGAGGCAGUGGAGGUCAGGGAGAGGUCGCAAGGAAGCUGAUAGUCUCCAAACCGCUUGUUUCACGUCACAAUGGUUUCGACGCUGCUGCUGCUGCUGGUUGGGGCGAUGGUCACCGUCACCGCCGCCCCUCAGCACGAACUCCGCGCCUCCCUGGACGACGUGCGCUUCCUGCUGUGGACCAGGAGUAACUCUGGCGACAGCGAGUGCCUGGACCUGAUCAAGGGCGACCUGUACAGUCUGGGUCACUUCAAUGGCCACGACCCCACCGUGGUGCUCAUCCAUGGCUUCUCGAGUCACGGCUACAGCGGCUGGCCGGUGCACAGCAAGACGGAGCUGCUGAAGUUGGGUUCGUACAACGUGAUCUCGGUGGAUUGGGGCAUGCUGGCCGUGGCGCCCUGGUACCCGGCAGCCGUCAACCACGUGUCGGAGGUCGGCAAGCUCACCGCACAACUGCUGGACUGGCUGCACGAGGCGGGUGGGAUGCAGCCGGCGGGGGUGCAGAUCGUGGGACACUCCCUCGGGGCUCACGUGGCGGGCGUCAUCGGACAAAACCUUAAAAACUUCCGCCUUCCCUUCAUCACAGGCAUGGAUCCAGCCGGCCCGGAUUUCUACAACAUGCCGGAAUCGUCUCGCCUUGACAAAACCGACGCAGACUUCGUGCAGAUCAUCCACACCAACGGCGGCGGCGUGGCAGAGGGCUGUGUGGGGCUCAAGGACUCACUGGGACACGUUGAUUUCUAUCCUAACGGCGGCGACCAUCAGCCGGGCUGCACUGUGGGCGGGGACUGGAUGGACCUGCUGACUGGCGGGUGCAGUCACGGCAGGUCGCACGAGUACUGGAUGGAGAGCAUCAAUGGCCAACUCAGCUUCCUGUCUCGGCCCUGCAGCGACUGGGGCUCAUACACGGCUGGAGGCUGCACCGGCUGUGGCCAGGGGUGCCUCGAAAUGGGCUUCCAUGUGGACCGCAGCCUGAGCGGCACGUACUACCUCGCCACCAACAGGAACAAGCCCUUCGCCCAGGGGAUGUAAUAAGACGCACCGCACUGAGGGAGUAAAGCCUGGGCUCUUCCUGAAGUGGAGGAAUCAGGCCCUGAAUACCUGACGGCAACGCACACCACUCGGCAAUACCAGACGGUGUAACAAGGAUAAGCGUGGUCUGUGGAUGGUACUACGUAGUGAGGGACGCACUGUGCACCACUGCCUUUCUGUGCACCUGCUGACCACCGCACUAUCUAUUUGGUGUUCUGGACUCUGGCGCAGGAAUUUGUAUGAUACCAGACCAUUCUUAUUCAUAUUUACAUUAUCCAGUAUCUUAAGAAUAAGUAAGAGCUUUGCAAGGGAUAAAAGGUAAAUUUGCUGCACGUAGAAUAAGACGAAAAAAGGCUAUAGUUAAGAAUACAAAGGCCAAUCAACACUAAGCAUCAGAAUGACUGUGUUAUCACAUUCGCGACACUGCAGGACUCAGCGCCUGACGGAAGGUCACGUACUGUACAACAAAUGCCGCCACCAGGCAACACUGAGUGCCUUGUGUGUGACGAGCACUACACCGGUGGGGCAAGUGUUUUUGUUUUUAGUUUAAGUUUGACCGCUUCACUUCGACUCGACACACCGAGGCGACUUGAGGCUAAUAUAAUUUCAGAGCAAGACA